AGGGGGAGAAGAAGUGUGUGUGGACAAUCCUUGCAAUGUGUUGGGCUAAACCACUCUGCUCUUGUACACGUUUGUUCUCUUCAUUUGGUCUGGUUUGUCUGAUUUUUCUAGUUUAUGAUCUAGUCUGGUCUGAUUCUUCGUGGUCUGGUCUUGUGUGAAUGUUUUUACUUUUUCUAGUCUGGUCUAAAAGCAAUAAGAAUAAGAUGAAAUAAGCUGAGUCUCAAUAAGAUCAUUCCAUUCUUUUGUACAUAAAAUGAAGAAAACAGAGUCUUAAUUAGAUCAUUCCAUUCUUUUGCACCGAUAAGAGUUUUUUUUAAUGGUUGUUCCUGAUUAGGAAAUUUAGUUUCAUACAAAAAUGGCCAUUUGCGUAAGGAAUGUGGAUGUUGGGUGAAUUACGGCUUAAAGUUAGAGAGUUUUAAGGGCAUCUUUCUUCUAAUUUUAGAUUAGUGGUUUCUCUAAUAAGAAGGGCAUAUAGUAGUUGAGUUAACAACCAUUAGUAUUACACAUUUUAGCUGCAAACUGCAGUUAGUUGUUGUAUUAACAAUAAGCUUACUUUUAAAGGAUAAUAAUGCGUUGGGAUUAGGAAUAUUUGUUUGUUUUGGGUGGAGAAGCAGCAGUAAAUUAAAGUUUCUUCUUAUUUCUUUGGUAUAGAAUAUAGACAUAAUAGCCUUUGCUAAAGGAAAAAGUGAAGGAUAUGAUGAGCAUUAGUGGUCCACUACAGUAUCUUGGGUGUAUUUUUUGACCAUCUUUCUUUGCCCUUAGCCUCUGUUUAGAGACACCAUCACAUUCAUUCAGACCUCUGCUUCUCUUCCUUAUAUAUAUAUAUAUGAUAUAUCUCUGUUUGUAUCAUAAGGAUUCCUCUAAGAUCUUGAUUUUUCGUGUUUUUUUUUCUUUUUUUUUAAGGCGAAUUGCUUUACAUUUGUUAUCGUCUUGUCAUUUUUAGUCAAAAGUGAAAGAAAGAUCGAGUUGAGGGGACCAGAUACAGUCUGUGCAUUGCACGGGUUUAAAACUAGUUUAUAUCAGAUACUCUGUAUAAAAAGGAACAGUUAGCCGACCAAAACAAGCCCACCUUGCAUUUAUACCAGAAUCCAAUUACAUCAGCAUAUUGCACUGCUGAAAUUAAGGGGGGAUGACAGGAAAUAUGCUUUCUCUGUCAAAAAAGCUUCAAAUAGUUAGAACAUACCAGUAGUUAGUCACUACUCAGUAACAGUACUACUAGCUAGUAUGGGGAAUUGUCUUUUUGGCGGCUUGGGAGGUGGUGGUGGUGGAGAAGAAGCUGAAACCAUCCAAGUCGUAACAGCAAACGGCGGAAUCAUGGAAUUCCAUGGCUCAAUAACAGUAGGCUUCAUCCUCGAAGAAUACCCUUGUCAUGCUAUAUUCAAAAGUGAUGAUCUUUUCUGGAAACCACUGUCAAACAAUGAAGAACUUCAUCCUGGAGUUUCAUACUUGCUUCUUCCUCUUCAUACAAGUAAAGAAUACAAAGAUGCAUUUGAUGUUAAAGUAGGGCAUGUUAGAUCCAAGAGUAUACCUGGAAAUACUGGUUAUAGGAUGUCGUUCGAUAGUAGGAGUACAACUCAAAGCAAUGUUUUGAAGAGAUCGAAUACUGACGUGUUUUCGAGGUAUAAUAAUAAUAAAGGAGGAGGAGGAAGAAGAGAAGGAGUUUGGAAGGUGAAGUUGGUUAUAAGUCCAGAACAGUUGGUGGAGAUACUGUCACAAGAAGCUCGAACUGAAGAGUUGAUUGAGAGUGUUAGAACUGUGGCGAAAUGUGGCUGUAGUGGGCCCGGUUCUACGGGGUUUUCAGAUCAAUGGAGUGUAGCUAGUAGCAAGGCUUCUUCGAAGAAAGAUUGAAGUUAUAGUAGAAACUUAGUUCAUCUUGUUCAACUUUUUUUUUUUGGUUGUGUUGCUAACAAGGUUACUGUCAAUAUAUUUUCUAGACAAGUCCUUUUGAGAUGCAGAGUUCUGCCUUAAGUAGAUAUUCUGAAUGACCAAGUGUUCUUAUAUAUGCAAACGAAUUGAAUUUCCUUAACUAUAUUUUUAUAUGACUAUAUCUCAUAUUCUUA